GUCCGCGAGGAGCGUGAGCCGGGGAGUCAUGGCGGGCUUGGUGGACUUCCAGGACGAGGAGCAGGUGAAGUCCUUCCUGGAGAACAUGAACGUGGAGUGUCACUACCAGUGCUACCGAGAGAAGGACCCGGAUGGCUGCUAUCGGCUGGUGGACUAUCUGGAAGGCAUCCAGAAGAAUUUCGACGAGGCUGCCAAGGUGCUGAAGUUCAACUGUGAAGAGAACAAGCACUCUGAGAGCUGCUACAAACUGGGCGCCUACCACGUGACUGGAAAAGGUGGAUUGACCCAGGACCUGAAAACAGCUUUCAGGUGCUUUCUGAUGGCCUGUGAGACACCGGGGAAGAAGUCUGUGGAAGCGUGUCACAACGUUGGGAUCCUGGCACACGACGGACAGGUCAAUGAGGACGGCCAGCCCGACCUGGGGAAGGCCAGGGACUACUAUGCCAAGGCCUGUGACGGCAGCUAUGCCGCCAGCUGCUUCAACCUCAGCACCAUGUUUCUGCAGGGCGGCCCCGGCCUUGCCAAGGACAUGGGUCUGGCCUGUAAAUACUCCAUGAAAGCCUGUGACCUGGGCCAUAUCUGGGCCUGUGCCAAUGCCAGCCGCAUGUAUAAGCUGGGAGAUGGCGUGGAUAAGGACGAGGCCAAGGCCGAGGUGCUGAAAAAUCGGGCCCAGCAGCUGCACAGAGAGCAGCAGAAACAUGUGCAGCCCAUAACGUUCGGGUGAUGUGGCCCAGUGUCUCUCCCUGGCAGCAGACAGCUCGAGAUUCACACUACCUCCCUGAUGCCGCACGAGCCCUUGAAGUCAGCCCACUGCAAAAUGAAACUUGGGGUGCCAUCUGCCCUGUUUAUGUACAUCCUUCUGGAGCUGGAGAGAUGGCUUAGAGGUUAAGGCAUCUGCCUGUGCAGCCAACAGACCCAGGUUCAAUUCCCCAGGACCCAUGUAAGACAGUUCACAAGGUUGCACAUGAAUCUGGAACU